AUGUCCGAGCCGCAAUCACCUGGCGACGAGCCAUCCACUCCAGGCGCGACACCUUUGCGAAGAGAAAGAGCCCCCACAAUCACUAUCGAUACAUCCGCCGUGAAUUCCCCAGAUGCCAGCGAUCCCCCUGUCCAGAUUCUCUCGACACCCCCACAACCAUCGCUGCAACUGUCGCCUGAAACAGUCGAGUCCGAUACAAAUGCCCUCAGCGGUAGUGUGAGCAAUGGCUCACCGACCCAUGUACGAUACAGCGCCUCCAUCCGAUCCAAUGCCUCCUCCGAAGCCCGAGAUCGGGGAGAAGAUCGCCCAACAUCGCCCCAUAAUAUUUCAUCACCCAAAACUAAGACGCCCGAGGCCCAUUCGAACUUCCUAUCUGUACCGGGAACACGAUCUCGCGGCAACUCCUUAGAAUCCGAGGAUACGAGUCAGACACUAAGUACCUAUGGUGGUGAGACAUACGUCGCGUCUGCAGCGCAUGGUUCGCAAACGGAUCUCACCAAGGAUCACCAUAAUGUCGACGACGAGGACGCCCUUACUCCUGAUCCGGGCCGAGAAGCCGAAUUCGAGGUGGAAAAUAAUAUCUUCGCGUUUUCCCCAGGUCAAUUGAAUAAAUUGCUGAACCCUAAAAGUUUCGCUGCAUUCCGCGCGCUUGGCGGGAUGCGUGGUUUGGAAAAGGGGCUGCGCACUGAUGUGCGGAGUGGUCUGAGCGUGGAUGAGACAACCCUCGAUGGAGCAGUGAGCUUUGAUGAUGCAGUUGGGACAAAUAAUAAUUCGCCCAAGGCGUCGUCGCCAGUACUGCGACCGACCGAUACAAAUGGAAAUGGAUCCGUUUCUGAGGUCGAUCAGUCAUUUAUUGAUCGACGACGGAUAUACGGGAAUAAUAAGAUACCGGAACGGAAAUUGAAGACCAUUUGGGAACUCGCUUGGAUUGCAUACAAUGACAAGGUGCUGAUCCUAUUGACGAUCGCUGCUAUUGUCUCUCUUGCUGUUGGUAUUCCGCAGUCGCUCCACCCUACAGAUGGCGAACCUGGUGUCGAAUGGGUGGAAGGAUUGGCAAUUCUGAUUGCUAUCAUUAUUGUGGUGGUUGUUGGAGCUGCAAAUGAUUGGCAGAAGGAACGACAAUUUGCCAAGCUUAAUAAGAAGAAGGAGAACAGACUGGUUAAGGUGAUUCGGUCCGGAAAGACAAUCGAAAUCUCUAUUCAUGAUAUCGUUGCUGGAGACGUUAUGCAUCUGGAGCCUGGUGACAUGAUCCCUGUGGACGGCAUUUUGAUUGCCGGCCACGGUGUCAAGUGUGAUGAGUCCUCUGCUACUGGCGAGUCGGAUAUCAUGCGAAAAACACCAGGAGAUGAAGUGUACCGGGCUAUUGAGAGCCAUGAGGAUCUCAAGAAGAUGGACUGCUUCAUUAUCUCCGGUGCUAAGAUGUCUGAGGGUGUCGGUACAUUCCUUGUUACCGCUACUGGUGUAAAUGCCACCCACGGUCGAACAAUGAUGUCUCUUCAGGAAGAAGGCGAGACCACGCCACUGCAGACUAAGCUCAACAAACUGGCCGAGUUAAUCGCCAAGCUCGGUCUCGCAUCAGGUCUGCUUCUGUUCGUUGUUCUUUUUAUCAAGUUCCUUGUUCGUCUUAAGGAUAUAGAUGGCGGUGCCGAUGUGAAGGGUCAGGACUUCCUGCAAAUUUUCAUUGUCGCUGUUACAAUUGUCGUCGUUGCUGUUCCUGAGGGUUUGCCUCUGGCGGUCACUCUCGCUCUUGCAUUUGCGACAACCCGAAUGAUCAAAGACAACAAUCUUGUUCGUUUCCUUAAGGCUUGUGAAACUAUGGGUAAUGCAACAACUAUUUGCUCAGAUAAGACUGGAACUCUCACGGAAAAUAAGAUGACAGCGGUUGCUGCUACUCUCGGUACUACUUCCCGGUUUGGAGACAAAGGUGCAAGCCCAUCUUCGGAGCAAAGUGGAGAUGUCUCGGCUGCUGAAUUCGCUGCAACCUUGUCGCCAUCUGUAAAGGAUCUUCUACUCAAGUCAAUUGUUUUGAACUCGACUGCAUUUGAAGGAGAGCAAGAAGGCGUGAAAACCUUCAUUGGAUCAAAGACUGAGACUGCCCUGUUGACUUUUGCGCGCGAACAUCUCGGUAUGGGACCACCAAGCGAGGCACGAGAGAACACGAAACUCGCUCAAAUGUACCCCUUUGACUCGGGCCGCAAGUGCAUGGCAGUUGUCGUUCCGCUGGGUAAUGGCAAGUAUCGAAUGCUAGUGAAGGGUGCCGCCGAGAUUCUGAUGAAUAAAUCAACUCGAAUUAUCCGCGACCCCACCGAUGAACUGUCCGACGUACCUAUUACCGAGGAGAACCGAAACACCCUGGACACGAUCAUGACCAACUACACCUCUCGUUCGCUACGCUGUAUCGCUCUUGUCUAUCGCGAUUUCGACCAGUGGCCUCCACGCGGAGCCGCAACCCAGGAAAACGACCGCAACAUGGCUGAAUUCGAGUCCGUCUUUAAAGACAUGUCUAUCUUUGGUCUGUUCGGUAUUCAAGAUCCCGUCCGUGCCGGUGUUGCUGAAGCCGUGCAUACCUGUCAGCGAGCUGGUGUCUUUGUCCGUAUGGUGACUGGUGAUAACAUCAACACUGCCAAGGCUAUUGCACAGGAGUGCGGUAUUUACACAUCCGGUGGUAUUGCGAUCGAAGGUCCUAAAUUCCGCAAGCUCAGCUCCAAACAAAUGAACCAGAUCAUCCCCAGACUGCAGGUCAUUGCACGAUCAAGUCCCGAGGACAAGAAGAUUCUUGUGAAUCAGCUUAAGAAACUCGGUGAGACUGUAGCUGUAACUGGUGAUGGUACCAAUGAUGCUCAAGCCCUGAAGAACGCUGAUGUCGGUUUUGCAAUGGGUGUUACUGGUACUGAAGUGGCUAAGGAGGCCUCGGAUAUCAUUCUGAUGGAUGAUAACUUCGCGUCCAUUGUCAAGGCCAUGGCUUGGGGUCGUACUGUCAGUGAUGCGGUCAAGAAGUUCCUUCAGUUCCAAAUCACUGUCAACAUCACCGCCGUUAUCCUUACCUUCGUUUCCGCCGUUGCCAGUAGCUCCGAAGAUUCCGUUCUCAGUGCCGUUCAACUGCUAUGGGUCAACCUGAUUAUGGACACCUUCGCUGCGCUUGCCCUUGCAACUGACCCUCCAUCUCCCUACGUUCUUAAUCGCAGACCUGAGUCUAAAUCCGAUCCUCUUAUUACGGUGACUAUGUGGAAGAUGAUCGUUGGUCAAUCUAUCUAUCAACUGGUUGUGACUUUUGUGUUGAACUUUGCUGGUGACACCAUCUUCCCCUGGGAUGAAGGUCACAUGCAAACCGUGGUCUUCAACACUUUCGUCUUCAUGCAAAUCUUCAAUCAGUAUAACUCUCGCCGCAUCGACAACAAGCUCAACAUCAUGGAAGGAAUUUGGCGUAACAAGUGGUUCAUUGGUAUUCAAGUCAUCAUCAUUGGAGGCCAAGUCUUGAUCGUCUUCGUUGGUGGACAGGCCUUCUCAGUCAAGCGCCUCGACCAAGGCACCCAGUGGGCUGUCAGUCUGGUCCUCGGAGCUCUCUCUCUACCAAUCGCUGUGGUCAUCCGUCUUAUCCCCGAUGAGUUCGCAGCCAGACUUGUGCCAAACUUCUGGCACCGCAAGAAGCCUUCCGGACCCGAACUCGUUGUAUCAGAUGAAGACCGACGCUACGACUGGAACCCCGCCUUGGAAGAAAUUCGUGACCAGCUCGCCUUCAUCAAGACUGUGCGUGGUGGUCGCCUCAGACACAUCCGCCACAAGCUUCAACAUCCUCAGGAAUUCCUCCCUCGCUCUCGCAGUGGUUCCCGCUCUCGUGAUUCUUCUGCGCCCCCCACUCCCAACGGCGAUAACGGAAGCCCGCCUCCCCCGGCAGUUACAGCGGAAUCUCGUUCAAGACGUGGUACUCGUUCCCGGUCAAACUCAACAUUUGGACCUGCCGCCGCCAUGGCUGGUAUCGUGGCUGGCAGCAUUGCUGGAUGGUCCCCCAUUGAGCGAAACCACGAUGAAGCUGAUUCUAUGACAUUUCCAUCCUCGGCCCCACAUCAUGGACUGGAUAAUCAGCAAGGCAUUGAGAUCCAUCCCGAUACAGCAGCGGACGACCAUGUCAUCGGUGAAUACCAAGCAAACUCGAAAACACCACCUAGUCAAAAUCCUGACCUAAUCCCCUUCUUUGAACAUGCUCCUCCCCCCUCGGAAAGAGCACCAUCCAGCCGCGGCCGUCGAUCAUUCUCUCAGCGCUCUCGAUCAAGCCUGAGCCCGUCGCAGGCAUAA